CCUCCCCGCGGCUUGUCCUGGUGCGCAGGCGCCGAGAUCGCGGAGACUGGCGGGACUGCGCUGCCGCGAGCAGACAUGUCGGGGGUUCGUGUCGUGUCGCGGGUGCUGCGCGCCCGGCGCCUGGCGCUGAGCCGAGCGCAGCAGCCAGCAAGUUUCCAAACAGGAACACGUGGUUUUCACUUCACUGUUGGUGGAAAUAAAAGGUCAUCAGCUAAAAUUUCAGAUUCAAUUUCUAUGCAGUACCCAGUGGUGGAUCAUGAAUUUGAUGCAGUGGUGGUAGGCGCUGGAGGGGCGGGCCUGCGUGCUGCCUUUGGCCUUUCUGAAGCGGGAUUUAACACAGCAUGCGUCACAAAGCUCUUUCCCACCCGGUCGCACACUAUUGCAGCCCAGGGAGGAAUCAAUGCAGCACUGGGGAACAUGGAGGAGGACAACUGGAAGUGGCACUUCUACGACACUGUGAAGGGGUCGGAUUGGCUGGGAGAUCAGGACGCAAUCCAUUACAUGACGGAGCAGGCACCUGCCUCUGUGAUCGAGCUAGAAAACUUUGGCAUGCCAUUUAGCAGAACUGAAGAUGGGAAGAUUUACCAGCGAGCAUUUGGUGGUCAGAGCCUCAAAUUUGGGAAGGGAGGGCAGGCCCAUCGGUGCUGUUGCGUGGCUGACCGGACUGGCCACUCCCUGUUGCACACCCUGUAUGGACGGUCUCUGAGAUAUGAUACCAGCUAUUUUGUAGAGUACUUUGCCUUGGAUCUUCUAAUGGAAAAUGGGGAAUGCCGAGGUGUUAUCGCACUGUGCAUAGAAGAUGGGUCCAUACACCGCAUAAGAGCAAAGAACACUGUUGUUGCCACUGGGGGCUAUGGGCGUACCUACUUCAGCUGCACGUCUGCCCACACCACCACUGGCGACGGGAACGCCAUGGUCACGAGGGCAGGGCUUGCCUGUCAAGACUUGGAGUUUGUGCAGUUCCACCCCACAGGCAUAUAUGGUGCUGGCUGUCUUAUUACGGAAGGGUGCCGUGGAGAAGGAGGCAUUCUUAUUAACAGUCAAGGAGAAAGGUUUAUGGAGAGGUACGCUCCAGUUGCGAAGGACCUGGCAUCCAGGGACGUCGUGUCUCGUUCCAUGACUAUGGAAAUCCGUGAAGGAAGAGGCUGUGGCCCUGAGAAGGAUCACGUCUACCUACAGUUGCACCACCUGCCCCCUCAGCAGCUCGCCAUGCGCCUGCCUGGGAUCUCAGAGACGGCCAUGGUCUUCGCUGGUGUGGACGUCACCAAGGAGCCGAUCCCCGUGCUCCCAACCGUGCACUACAACAUGGGUGGCAUCCCCACAAACUAUAGGGGGCAGGUUCUGAGGCACGUGAACGGACAGGAUGAAGUCGUGCCCGGGCUGUAUGCCUGCGGGGAGGCCGCCUGCGCCUCGGUCCAUGGCGCCAACCGGCUCGGCGCAAACUCGCUCCUGGACCUGGUGGUCUUCGGCCGCGCAUGCGCCCUGAGCAUUGCAGAGUUUUGCAGACCCGGAGAUAAAGUUCCCUCAAUUAAAGCAAAUGCUGGGGAAGAAUCUGUCAUGAAUCUUGACAAAUUGCGAUUUUCUGAGGGAAGCAUAAGGACAUCGGAACUCCGGCUCAACAUGCAGAAGUCGAUGCAAAACCACGCUGCCGUGUUCCGCACGGGAAGUCUGAUGCAGGAAGGCUGUGAGAAAAUCAGCCAGCUCUACAGAGACUUGCAGCAUCUGAAGACGUUUGACAGAGGAAUGGUCUGGAACACUGACCUGGUGGAGAGCCUGGAGCUGCAGAACCUGAUGCUGUGCGCGCUCCAGACCAUCUAUGGAGCAGAGGCCCGGAAGGAGUCACGCGGUGCUCACGCCAGGGAAGAUUUCAAGGUGCGGAUUGAUGAGUACGAUUACUCCAAGCCCCUUGAGGGGCAACAGAAGAGACCCUUCAAGGACCACUGGAGAAAGCACACCCUCUCUUACGUUGAUGCCGCGACAGGGAAGGUCACUCUGGAUUACAGACCCGUAAUAGACAAAACCUUGAACGAGACUGACUGUGCCACAAUUCCGCCUGCUAUUCGCUCCUACUGAUGAAACCCUUGUGAAUCAGACAGCUGAGUGACUGUGCACGAUAUCCCAGUGCACGUGCUCGUGUCGUAAUUGCCCUUCUGCAGUUCUCUGCUCCAGCGGGUGAGGAGCUCUUUCCACAGAGAGAUUGUCUUCCAGUGGCCAGCAGCUGGCCAGUGACCCAGAGGCAGGAGAAAUUGAGUUUAACUUUAGUCCCUUGCUUCAUUCUUGUGAAAUGAUAUAACUGGGCACAAUUCCUAAGUAAAACAUAAAUGAAAGAA